CGCGAUUUCAUCUCGCGCCUCCCCACCCCCAGCGCCGCAACCUCCAGAUCCGACCAUGCGCCCACCCCACAGCAUCCCCACGACAGUCCCGUCGCUGCAAAGUUUCCUCCUGCGCACGCGCGCGCUGCACUUCUACCGCGACAUCCUUCGGGCGACGGCGCAGGCGCGCGGACGCCACGAGCUCCGGCAGUGGGCGAAAGAUGAGUUCCUGCGGAACCGGAACGUCACUGAUCAGACGCAUAUACGGUAUUUACUUGAUAUGGGGAAGAGGGAGUUUACUACUAUGAAACGGUAUUUGGAGGAGGAGGGGCGGUAGGUUGGUAGGUUGGUAGGAUUUUUAUUUGUGAAUCAUUGGAAGAGAAGGAAUGGAUCAAGGAAGGAAUGAUGGAAUGAAGGUGAAGGAAUGUAUCAUACAACAGCUACAUACAGAACGAGCAAAACAUGACGAGUAACUACCGGUGU